AUGCAUUUCACAUCUUUCGCGCUUGGAAGUGGCAUCUUGUCGCUGGUGUCGGCUCUACCGUCGAAUACCCCGGUAGAUCUUCCGAAGAGACAGGACGAAGCCCCUCCACCGACAUAUGCUUCGCCUCCGUCGUCAUCCGAUGAGCGGGCACAGGCUGUGGUGGGAGCUUUCAGAACAAGCUGGGACGGGUACCGCAAGUAUGCGUUUCCGAUGGACGAGCUAAGACCCUUGAGCAACAACGGUAGUAACUCGAGAAACGGGUGGGGAGCCUCCGCCGUCGACGCUCUCAGCACAGCGCUCAUCAUGGGCCAAAAAGAUAUUGUAAAUGAGAUCAUAGAGUACAUCCCUAGCAUCAACUGGGCAUUCACUGAAGACUCUGUCUCCCUGUUCGAAACCACGAUCCGCUACCUUGGUGGCAUGCUCUCUGGAUACGAUUUGCUGUCUGGUCCUUUGGCACACUUGGCAGAUAAUCCGAGGAACGUGGAAGCUCUACUCACGCAGUCUAUCAACUUGGCCAAUAACCUCUCUUAUGCGUUCGAAACACCAUCAGGAGUGCCCUGGAACGUUCUUACGUUCAACAACCGAAGUAACGAUGGAUCAGAAAAUGGACUCGCGACUGUUGGUACACUGAUCUUAGAAUGGGUCCGUCUAGCUGACCUCUCUGGGAACCAAACGUUUGCAGACCUAGUUGAAAAGGCAGAGCAAUACCUCCUCUACCCAUCUCCAGACUUCGCCGAACCGUUCCCUGGGCUCCUUGGCUCCACAAUCAACGUCACCACCGGGCAAUUCACAGAUGCACAAGGAGGAUGGAUAGGCGGCUCUGACUCGUUCUACGAAUAUCUGAUCAAGAUGUUCAUUUAUGACCCACGCUACGUCUUCCUCAAGGACCGUUGGAUCAAAGCAGCUGACAGUUCCAUCGCAUAUCUGGCCUCCAAUCCAGCACCCCGUCCAGGCUUGACCUUCCUCGCAGCCUACGAGAACACGACCCUCGAUCUGACGUCCCAACACCUCGCCUGUUUCGACGGCGGAAACUUCAUCCUAGGCGGCCAAGUUCUAGACAGACAAGAUUACAUUGAUUUUGGACUCGAACUUGUAAACGGUUGCCAUGAAACUUACAUCUCCACCGCCACGCGCAUCGGACCUGAGAUCUUCUCCUGGAACACUUCCGCCGUACCUGCAAACCAGACUGCUUUCUUUAACAGGACUGGUUUCUUCAUCGAAGAUGCUGGGUACCAACUCCGCCCUGAAGUCAUAGAGUCUUACUACUACGCCUACCGCGCGACUUCGGACCCAAAGUAUCAGGAUUGGGCAUGGGAUGCGUUUGUGGCAAUCAACGCGACGACGAGGGUUGGCAGUGGUUACAGCUCGAUCAAAGAUGUAAAUGUCGUUGGAGGCGGGGGUUAUACGGAUUUUCAAGAGAGCUUCUGGUUUGCAGAGGUGUUGAAGUAUAGUUUUGCUAUUCAGGCGGGGGACGCAGAGUGGCAGGUUAGUAGGGACGGGGUAAAUGAAUGGGUCUACAAUACUGAGGCGCAUCCGGUCAGGGUCUACAGGGGUGGGAAUACGACGAGGGGGCUUGUUGGACAGUAG